AUGGAUCUUCAAGGACAGCCCAUCCCCCGCGGCCCUACCAGCACCAAGGUCACUACCGACCCCGAGGCUUCUCGCAACCCCAUCCACGAAUCGGCUGGACCGGUUCCCAACGAUUCUCUUGCCGCCGAAUCUGCCACCAAGGGCGGUGCAUUCUCUGAGAACCGUAACGCUCAGCCCGAUGCUGCCGGCUCGCGGGCCGCAAACGCUUCCGGCGCCACUGAGCUGCCCUCUGCUCGCGUCGGCGCUGCCCGUGAGAACCUAGACCGCCAGGAGAAGUACGCUGAGGCCCUGGGUGGCCAGGGCGACUUCCCCGGCCCUCACAUGCCCAAGUCUGGAUACGUUGGCGGCACUACCGGCGCCAAGAAGGAUCUUGGUAUCGGAAAGAGCCAGGCCAGCGGCAGUGGCUACAGCCAGUACAACGGUGGCCAGGCUCCCACCUACGCUGCCGAUGUUACCGGCCAGUAUGCCGACGCCGCUCAGUACGGCAAGGCCAAGCCUAAGGGUGUCAACAUCUCUGAGGGCGGCUUCGGAGAUGACCAGCCCAACGCUAGCUUCAACACCGACAUUGGCUCGGAGAACGACCCUGGCCGUUUUGCUGAGCACAAGUUCCAGCGUAUGGCUGCCGAGAGCGGUCCCGAUGCCGCUGGUGGCCCUCGCCAGAAGGGUGUUGACGAUCAGAACCCCUGGCAGCAGCUGCAGGCCGACCAGCGAGCUUAG